UGGAUAGAAGAAAAUUUUAAUUUUGUGUAUCAAACGAGCUUUGAAAAUAAUUCUUUCUUAGAACUUCAAAAAUAUUGUACUAAUUUAGUAUCUGAAGAACCAGAUAAGGUAUUCAAAUCAUCAAGUUUUUCUUCAAUUCCGGAAAAACUUUUGAUAUCUCUUAUUCAAAAUGAUCAUCUUCUGAUGGAUGAAAUUCAAAUUUGGGACCACGUAAUUGAAUGGGGAGUCGCUCAAAAUCCUGAACUUUCCUCUAAUUUUACAAAUUAUUCAAAAGAUGAUUUCAAAACUUUAAAAAAUACUUUACAACAUUGUAUCCCGUUUGUUAGAUUUUAUAAUUUAACUUCUAAAGAAUUUAUAGACAAAGUAUUACCUUGUAGAAAACUUUUACCAAAGGAAUUAUAUGAAGAUUUAUUAAAAACCUUUUUGAGUCUUUCGGAUCCAAAUAGUAAGCCAGAAAAUAAGUCAAAACCUCGUACAGCUAAAAGUGAGCCUCAACCAGUACUCAUGAAUAUGAUUAACAUAUUUGGAUCCCGCUCGCAUGAAAAUCAACAAGAAUCCAUAGAAUCGCGAGAACCCAUUAGAUUUCCUAGAAAUGGUAGAACACCUAGAUAUUCUAAAUAUGAUAGGAUGUAAGAAAUGAUAAUGAAUUCAAAUUAUUAUUUAAUGGAUUUCUUGGACAUAAUUUUAUAUCUCUUUUAAGAAACAUAAUAAUAAUAAAAUUUAUGAAAUUUAGUUAUAUUUUAUGUUUAAUAAA